AUGGCGCCCGGAGCACUAUCGACUCAGAGCUCGAAGUCACGAAAGUCCACACCCAGUCGUGUUUCGGCUGUUGCAACAACCAUCAAGAACUGCUUGUUCAAUCGGAGCAUUAGUGUCAGACCUUACCGUGUAGUCGUCCGCGGGUACCGCCAUACAUAUGAACUUGGAGAUGGAACAAAAAUCGAUGAUGUUUCUUGUGGUGCUUGUGUAUCUUCCCUUGGACGCGUUCAGGAGCGCGUCAUUCAGGCUAUGAAUAAGCAAAUGCGACUUGGUCUCAGUUAUGUUCCCUCAUUAGCUUUCGACACGAAGGCUGCGCUGGAUUUGGCACAGUUUAUGAUCACCUCUACGAACGGACAGAUGAGCAAGGCCAUAUUUUACUGCUCGGGCUCUGAAGCAUCUGAGGCGGCGUUGAAGAUCAUGAUUCAAUAUCAUGCGAAAGAAAAGUCCUGCCCACAGCCACAGCGCACGAAGUUCAUUGCUCGGGAACGUUCAUACCACGGGGCAACCCUCGGGGCCCUCGACUUGAGUGGACAUGAUGCGCGCAAGGCUUUGUAUGAACCCAUUCUUCCUGGGAAUAUGGCUCUCAUCCCCCCUUGCUAUCCCUACCGGGAUCUCCAGAAUGGCCAGACGAUUGAGGAAUACGUUGAAGAGCUGAAAAGACAGCUUGUUCGAAAGAUUAUGGAGCUGGGCGAAGAUAAUGUCGCCGGAUUCAUUGUAGAACCGGUGGUGGGCGCCGCACUAGGCUGCGUUGCAGCAGUACCUGGAUACCUCAAAGCCAUGAGAGAAGUCUGUGAUCAAUAUGGCAUCUUACUCGUCUUCGACGAAGUCAUGUGUGGUAUGGGUCGGACUGGCUGGCUCCAUGCCUGGCAAAAGGACAACGUGGUACCCGACAUACAGCUCGUUGGCAAAGGUCUUGCGGCUGGCUUUCAGCCCAUCUCUGCAAUGCUUAUUGGGCACAAGAUCAUCAAUGCAUUCCAACAAGGUCCCUCGAACAGUGCCUUCCAACACGGCCACACGUUCCAAAACUAUCCUCUGGCAGCUGCAGCCGCACUCGCUGUGCAGAAGAUCAUUGAAGAUGAUGGACUGUUGGAGAAUGUGAGAGAGAAAGGAAAGCUUCUUGAGAAGAAGUUGAAGAAGGGCCUCGGCGAUCAUCGCUACGUUGGUGACAUUCGUGGAGAGGGGCUGUUCUGGGGUAUCGAAUUCGUCGAGGACAAGAGGACGAAAAGGCCCUUUGAUGCGAAACGCAUGGUCAACGAGGAGAUCUUUCAACUGGGUUUGAAUCAUGGUAUUCACGUAUACCCUGGAGGCGGCACAGCUGAUGGCAAGAACGGUGACCAUAUCAUCGUCGCGCCUGCGUUCGACGUCACUACUCAGGAGCUCACUUCUAUUGUCGAGCGCGUUACGAGACUCGUCGAGAACUACUUCGACGAUCUUGAUCUCAAGAAUCAUCAGACCACUCCAUAA